UGUUGAUACAGCCUGUGCUUUGUGACAUCGAGCACUUGGAGAAAGAUUGUUCCACUUUUUUCCCCCCCCAAGGCCUUGUAAUUCAAAUGUAAGCGAGCAGCAGCUAAAGAUGCCCGUGUGAGAGACUCCUCUCUGAGCACCACACAUGUAGAGAAGACACCAGCUAUGGCCAUUUCUGCCAUCAGGAACUGGUGGAAUACUUACCAGCAGGUCAAGUCGGACACAGACGACUCCAGCACGGAGGAAGAGGAGGAGAAAUUAUCUGACAAAGGGCAGCUGUCUGCAAACCUACACCAGACUCUGCGGACCAGGCAGCUGCUCAUAGAUUUUGAUGGCAGCAGACCUGUUUUUAGUCUCAGGGCGCCGCGGGACCUGGUUAACUUUCCUUCGAUCUCCCGCCCGCACUGGCCCACAGAGUGCGAGGUCGUCAGCGACAUCGUCCAUCACAUAGAGUGGGACCCUCCAGAGCCAGAGCCUUUUUAUCAGCCCACGGGACACGAGAGGACGCCACUGCCAGUCGGAGAGGAAAGAGGGAAAGUGGUAUUCUGCAUUGACCAUGCCACUAAACAGCCAUAUUUCACCUGCUCUCGUGUUGGAGGGAGCAGAGGACCCGUUAAAAGGGCCACUCCUGACGUCAGUCAGACAGAGUUCACCCUUGAGUUUGAGUCACGCUUUGAGAGUGGGAACCUUCAGAAAGCCGUGCAAGUCGGUGACCAUGAAUACGAGCUGACCUUACGCACUGACAUGUACACUAGAAAGCACACGCAGUGGUUCUACUUCAGAGUCAGGAACAUGAAGGCGGGAGUGACCUACCGCUUCACUAUUGUGAACUUGAUGAAGAGCAGCAGUCUGUAUUCUCUGGGGAUGAAACCUCUCCUCUACUCUGAGAAAGCUGCCAAAGAGAAAGGUGUUGGAUGGCAACGCACCGGCUCCAACAUCAAGUAUUACCGUAACUGCAAUCCGAACACGAAGGACAACAACAGCGACACCAUCCCCCUGUACUCACUCACCUGGACGCUCCACUUCCCUUAUGACUCAGAUACCUGCUACCUGUCCCACUGCUACCCCUACACCUACUCACGCCUGCAGCGCUACCUUAGACACAUUUCUUCCAACCCAAAGGUAGUGUCUUACUGUACGAUGCGAGUGCUGUGCCACAGCCUUGCUGGGAACACGGUGUAUGUGAUGACAAUAACCAAUCGUGCGGACGCCAAGCUGGAGAGCAGGAGGAAGAAAGCUGUGGUGGUGACGGCCCGAGUGCAUCCUGGAGAAACCAAUGGGUCCUGGAUGAUGGAGGGGUUGCUGGACUUCCUGCUCGGAGACUCAGAAGAUGCUCAGUUACUCAGGGACACUUUUGUUUUUAAGAUUGUGCCGAUGCUGAACCCCGAUGGUGUGGUGGUGGGGAAUUACCGCUGCUCUCUGACAGGAAGGGACCUCAAUAGAAACUACAAGACAAUGCUCAGGGAGUCUUUCCCUUGUGUGUUGCACACACUAAACAUGGUGAAAAGGUUGGUGGCUGAGAUGGACGUUGUUCUCUACUGUGACUUUCAUGGCCACAAUCGCAAAAACAACGUCUUCAUGUACGGUUGUAGCAACCGUGGUGAUGCUUCUCUGAAGCUUCAGGAAAGAGUUUUUCCACUCAUGAUGAGCAAGAAUGCCAGCAACAAGUUCUCCUUCAAGAGCUGUAAAUUCAGGGUGCAUAAGAGCAAAGAGGGAACUGGACGGAUUGCCAUGUGGAGACUUGGCAUCAGAAACAGCUACACCAUGGAGGCCACGUUUGGAGGCUCCACACUGGGUGACAGGAGAGGAACGCACUUUUCUACUCGAGACCUGAAAUCCAUGGGCUUUUAUUUUUGCGACACCCUGCUGGAUUACUGCGACCCUGAUCCAACGAAGACGACUCACUGCCUGAAAGAGUUGGCAGCACUGUUGAGAAAGCAGGUCAAAGAGAGGCUGGGCAAAGAUUUGAGCACUGAUUGUAACAUCUCCAUGUCUGACCUGGAAACCAGCACCAGUGGUUCAAAUAGUUCCGAUUCAGACGGACUCCCAGUGCAUUUACUGAACCAGACAGUCCAUCCAGAGGGAACUCCAGUGAAAAAGAAGAAGAAGAAGAAGCGUUUAAGGAGUCAUAAGGAGAGGAACAGGCUGAGACAAGAGAGAGUGAAGAUCAACACAGAGCAAAAAGUCCCACAAAGCAGCCCAACAAAUAUUGAGACCACAGUGAAAGAGAUCGUUCCAGAGAAACCUUUUGGACGGCACAGGACAAAAUGGCAGGUGAAUGGUUUGAUCAAAAAAGCAGGGAUCAUUCCUCCAAAUCUUAACCCUGAGGUCAGUCAGGUGAAUAUGUGGCAAGGAUGUGAGCCGAAGGACGACUGCCUGGACAAAAUGAAGACCUCAUACUUGCAACGCCAAACAGACGACCAGCGGAUGGAUACAGGACAGCGGCGAUGUUCCGCUCAGCUCUUACAUCUGAGUGCUCUCAUUUUACCGACACCAAACCUCAUGCAUCCCAGCCAGAGGCAGUAUCACUGCUCUCGACCAUCGCUUGUCUCCUAUAACGUCUGCAGAGGGCUGCUGCCUUCCUUGACAACGUCAUGCAGGUCUCCCUCAUCACUGUGUGUCAAGAUGGCUCCGGACACAACUAAGCGCCUGCUGUCAACUUUCACCAGUGACAAGAUCAACAACCACUGUAUUUACAGAGACAGAAAAUCGUUAUGGUCGUGUGAACGUUACUAUGUGCCUGAUGAUUCCUCCCCCUCACACACAGAUGUCACCAAGACUGAGGAGCAGGAGGACGAUCCCCCCAAAGUGGGUUUGUCUGUGUUUGGAUGUUUACCAUUUGGAGAGCAGAAGCAUGGAAACAUCACACCUGAUCCCUCCCGCAGAGAAACUGAAGCACACAGCAGUUUAUUUGAGCCUGUGAUGAAGACCUCAGAUCUCAGAGGAAAAAGACUCUGUAAGGAGACUCCUGUGUCAAAGCCUUCCGGCCUCUUGAAGAUGAAACUUCCACAUCCACAGAGUGACACUCUCAGUAAACUUCAGACAGAAGGCCUCAGACAUUAUGACAACAGAAGACAAAGCCAAAAAAGGACAGAUCCACAAGAGGCGGUGGUCGCCAUCACAAGGCCGUCACAGUCUGCUCCACUUUAGGGCUAUAACGUUAUAAUCUGAGAACUUCAGAUUGAUUUUCUUAUUCUUCUUAUUUGUGGCCUGACAUGUGAACCUCUACUCUAUGUGUGUUAAAUAACAGAUACAUGCUGGAUAACUUACUUGAUAGAGCUGACUCCUCGUGGGCCAAGUCCCAGUGAUCUGGGCUCAAAUCCAUUUGCAGUCUAAAAACCCCCAACAGAUAUGCAGUAUAUUGUAAUACGAAUUGUCUGUUUCUCACCUCAUUAAUACACUUACCAGGACACUUGUUUGGAGAAAAAAGGAGUAAAAUAGUUAUAUGCA